CUGGCCCCCAUCAUCCUCUACCUCUUCGAGCGGAUCCUGCGCGUCUGGCGUGCGCGGCAGAAGGUGGUUGUCACCAAGGUGGUCAUGCACCCUGCCCGCGUGCUGGAGCUGCAGAUGCAUAAGAAGGGCUUCCGCAUGGAGGUGGGACAGUACAUCUUUGUCAACUGCCCCACCAUCUCCCUGCUGGAGUGGCACCCCUUCACCCUCACCUCGGCACCCGAGGAGGACUUCUUCUCCAUCCACGUCCGGGCAGCUGGGGACUGGACGGAGAGUCUCAUCGAUGCCUUCCAGCAGCAGAAGCCUGUGAUGCCCAGGAUUGAGGUGGACGGCCCCUUCGGCACAGCCAGCGAGGACGUGUUCCAGUACGAGGUGGCCAUGUUGGUGGGCGCAGGCAUCGGGGUCACGCCCUUUGCCUCCAUCCUGAAGUCCAUCUGGUACAAGUUCCAGCAGGCUGACCAGACCCUCAAGACCAAGAAGAUCUACUUCUACUGGCUCUGCCGGGACACGGGAGCCUUUGCCUGGUUCAAUGACCUGCUUGCCUCGCUGGAGCAGAAGAUGGCCGAGUCGGGCAAGGCAGACUUCCUCACCUACCGGCUCUUCCUCACCGGCUGGGACACCACCAUCGCCAACAACGUGGCGUUCCACUUUGACACUGCUACGGACACAGUGACGGGUCUCAGGCACAAAACCAUCUUUGGGCGGCCCAUGUGGAACAGCGAGUUUGCGGCGGUGGCUGCAGCCCACCCCAGGUCGGUGGUCGGCGUGUUCCUCUGCGGGCCGGGGGCCUUGGCAAAGAGCCUGCAGAAGUCCUGCCACCAGCACUCCAGCCUGGACCCCAGGAAGGUCCAAUUCUAUUUCAACAAGGAGAACUUCUAA